GCAUGUCAUACAACCUAUCGAUAACAGUAGAAUGCUCGGAGCCAUUCCUCGGGCCGACUCUCGGCCAAAGUUGUCCGGGUUCUCAAUUUUUGAUGUUCAUGACGCUCGUGGAUACAUUCAUACGUGCCAAACAAGAUAUUUCGUUUCUAUGCGAGAGGGUCAAACCAAUUGAUUCACCUGAAUAUUUCUACGACUUUAUUGUCGUUGGCGGUGGAUCGGCUGGUGCUGUAGUGGCUUCUAGAUUGAGCGACAUACCCGAGUGGAAAGUUUUACUUCUCGAAGCAGGUCCUGAUGAGCCACCAGGCGCUGACGUUCCCAGUAUGGUAGCGAUGUUUCUCGGUAGCGACAUUGAUUGGCAAUAUAGAACUUCCAACGAGAAAAACGCUUGUUUAUCCAGUGGUGGGUCAUGCAGUUGGCCACGUGGUAAAAAUCUAGGUGGAACUUCGGUGCAUAACGGUAUGAUGUAUACUCGUGGACAACCCAAGGAUUAUGAUAAUUGGGCUGCCCUUGGAAAUAGUGGAUGGUCUUGGCAAGAGGUUCUGCCAUACUUUAUGUGCUCGGAAAAUAAUACGGAAAUUGAUCGAGUUGGUAACGAAUACCAUUCCUCCGGUGGUCUAUGGACUAUCGAAAGAUUUCCUUGGAAACCCGAAAUUACUCGAGAUAUUUUGAAUGCAGCCAGAGAGAGAGGAUAUUCGAUUACAGAGGAUCAUAAUGGAGCUAGUUACAUGGGUUUCACUGUAGCUCAAAUGGCUAGCAGGGAUGGGGUUAGAGUGAGCAGCGCUUCAGCUUUUUUACGUCCAAUACGCAAUCGACGUAAUCUUCAUAUUGCCCUAAACGCUACUGCCACCAAAAUAAUCGUUGAAAAUUACAAGGCUGUUGGAGUCCAAUAUUUUCAAAAUGGGGAAUUUCGCAUUGCACGUGCUUCUCGUGAAAUCAUUGUCUCAGGUGGUGCAGUAAAUUCUCCUCAAUUAUUAUUGUUAUCCGGAAUUGGUCCGAAAGAACAUUUACAAGCCGUAAAUGUCUCCCUCGUUAAAGAUUUACCAGGUGUCGGACACAACUUACAGAAUCACGUGUCGUAUACUGUCUCUUGGACUAUUAAUCAACCAAACGUAUUUGAUUUAAAUUGGGCCUCUCUCCUAGAAUAUGUUGCUUUCCAUAAAGGACCAAUGUCCUCGACCGGUAUGUCCCAAAUUACAGGAUUUGUAUCGUCGAGUCAUACUGCUCCGGAUGAACCCGAUCUUCAGUUUUAUUUUGGUGGAUAUCAAGCAGCUUGUUCAAUUACUGGUGAAAUAGGAGCACUUAUGGACAAUCAAGGCCGUAGUAUUAGUAUAUCUCCGACAAAUAUUCAUCCACGUAGUCGAGGAAUUCUUCGAUUAGCUAAUAAUAAUCCAUUUGAAAAGCCGCUUAUUUGGGGAAACUAUCUGAGCGAUCCAAUCGAUGCCGCUGUUCUGGUUGAAGGCAUUCAAAUCGCAUUAUCUUUCGCUAAUACGUCCUCAAUGGGAAAAUAUAAUAUGAGUCUCAGUAACAAACCAUUAUCUGCGUGUUCUCAACAUAAAUUUCUCAGUAAUGAAUACUGGAAUUGUGCGGUUCAUCAAGAUACAGGUCCCGAAAAUCAUCAAGCAGGAUCUUGCAAGAUGGGACCACCGACCGAUCCAAUGGCUGUAGUGGAUUCACAACUUAGAGUUUACGGUAUCAAAAAUCUACGAGUAGCCGACACAUCCAUAAUGCCACAGGUAACUUCCGGUAACACUGGUGCUCCAGCAGUUAUGAUCGGCGAGAGAGCGGCAGCGUUCAUUAAAUCCGACUGGGGUGCUGGCGCAACACAAUGUUCUCAUUCGACGAUCGACAGUUCACUGGAAUACUUACUAUGGGGGAUCAAAUACAUCGACUGGGACCAGGCUAUUUGGUAGUAGUAAUCUCGCAUUCCCGGCACGACUUCUAGUCCAUGAAACAUCGACUUUCUGAAUGCUAUGCGACGUCGAUGCGCCAAUGCGAAGCUACGAAAAAGACGAAACGGAUCCAGCGGGAUGCCCGCAGCGAACUGCCGUGAAACCAUCUUAUUUUCUUUCUUCCUUUCUUAUGGCUACGUAGAUACUACACCUAAUAUAUAUAUAUAUAUACCAAUCAGUCGGUACAAAUGAAACACUAAUGCACUAUCAAUUCGAAAAGAUACAACGAUGUCUCUUACCACUGACAAGCUGACAAGAAAUUUACAAAACUAAUUCAUUUGCGUUCGGUUUUAUCCGGGUGUAACUACUAACAUAACAAAAAUUAGUUUGAAAAAUUAUUUCUUUGCCGUUUUAUGACAUACUUCGACAUCGGGGCCUCAAAACUUAUUAUCUUGACUAAUGAUUCGUUCAAGAACGGCCGCUCCCAUUUGUUUACCAAUUAAAUAUUCUCCAAGAAUCAAAAGAUAAACGAUGAAUUAUACGUCUGUAACAAUGUUUAUUUGCAAAGACGCGUAAUUGUCUUUAUUGUUUUUCUUUUUUUUUUUUUCUUUUUCGGAUUCUUUGUGUAAUUUCAUCCGUUAAAUUGUCACGUAAGCAGAUUAUAUUUGCUUAGUCCACAUUAUAUAAUAUCGCUAUCUAAUAAGAUAAUUUACAUAUUAAUAUCGACGUAGCGGAAGUUUGAAAUUCCUUGGCGAUUGCCAUUAUCAGAACCAAAGAUUCCGGGAACUAAGGAAAUAAUAAUGUAAAACUAAGUAUGUAGAAUAAAUAAAAAAUUAUUAGAC